GAGGCUGUCGAGAGCGCAACUGGAUUGAACAGCAACUGGAUUGAGCGUGGAGCAGCAAACAUCACUGUCCACUCCGAGCACAACAUGGAUUACAGACGGAUUAAGCGUGUAUUAUUUGUCAAUGUAUUUAUGAACUUUGUAUUUAUUUCUCUUCAGAAAAAGGAAGAGGUGUUAUUGGAUAUGGUGGCAUCGGGAGCUGAGUUGGGUUGGUUGACAUCGCCUGUUAAGGAUGGGUGGGAGAUAGGCCAGCAGGCUGUGAAUGGCUCUCUGUUGUAUAACUAUUAUGUAUGUAACGUGGAGAAAGGAGAACAAGACAACUGGCUCCGUACUACAUUUAUCCAGCGCAACCCUGCUGCAUCUCGGGUCUUUGUGGAGCUGCAAUUCAAUGUCCGCGACUGCAACACUUUCGAAGCAGUCCCGCUUAACUGCAAGGAGACCUUUAACUUGUACACCUCCGAGGCUGAUGCGGACAUUGGCACUGCUUUCCGCAAAGGCCUGUUCCGAAAGGUGGCCACCAUUGCUCCAGAUGAAAUAUCCGACCGUGGAAAGAUGAAGAUGAACACUGAGACUAAAGUGGUGGAUAAUCUUUCACGUAAGGGCUUCUACCUGGGCUUCCAGGACAUUGGAGCCUGCGUAGCCAUCUACUCUGUCAGGGUUUACUAUAAAACAUGUCCUGCAACAGUGCAGAGCUUGGCAGCAUUCCCUGAGACAGUGGCAGGGGGCGAGAAUCAAGCAUUGCGGGAGGUGGCUGGAAGUUGUGUCAAAAAUGCUAUCAGUGAGGGCCAACCUCGCAUUUAUUGCACCACGGAUGGGGAAUGGGUCGUACCUAUGAGCCAAUGCCAGUGCGAAUCCGGGUUCGAAGCCCUUGAAGAUACUUGCCAAGAAUGUCAGCCAGGCUUCUUCAAACCAUCGGUGUCCAGUGAGGCCUGUAAACCCUGCCCAAAAAACACGGAGCCCUCAGGCCCUGGUGCCACACGCUGCUCCUGUAAUGAUGGCUUUUAUCGAGCACCCGAGGACCCAGAAACGUCUGCAUGCUUUGGGUUGCCGUCCGCUCCUCAGAGUCUGCUGUCGUCCACGGCUCAGAUGUCCUUUGGCAGGCUUCAGCUGUCCUGGAAGCCUCCCGCAGAUAAUGGCGGACGCUCUGAUAUCACCUACUCUGUGGUCUGCGAACGCUGUGAGGGAAAGACAUGCCAGUCUUGUGGUGAAAAAGUGCGAUUCGAACCCAGCAACACUGAACUAAAGGAGACCAAAGUGACUGUGAGUGAACUGGAGCCCCAUCUGAACUACACCUUCAGCGUUGAGGCUCGCAGCGGAGUGUCUCAGUUCAGCCACAAGAGAGCCGUCAGCAGCAUCAACACUACUUUACAUUACACAGAUCCUCCAAAAGUGACUGCAAUGCACCUUGUGGAAAGCAGCCCGACCAGCCUUUCUCUUCAGUGGUCUGUUUCUCAUCGCGCCAAACCAGUGGCCACGCGUUAUGAGCUGAUGUUUCGCAAGAAGGAAAAUGAUGAGGAAAAGGCCAGUGGAACGGUCACUACCUUCACUGUGCUGGUGCUUGAGAAGAACUCGGCUCAGAUCAAAGAUCUUUCUCCAUCCACCGUCUACUUGUUUAAAGUUCAGGCUCUCAGCUCAGAGGGAAGCCCGGGCAGCUACAGCAUUGAGCAGGAGUUUUCAACACUCCCACCAGCGGGAAACACAGCAGUGAUCCUCGGAGCUGCCAUUGGAGGAGCCGUCAUGCUUUUCAUCGUGGUUGUGGUCCUCCUCCUUCGAAAACGACGAAGAAACUCUCACACCAGACAAGGCCCAGAGGACACCUACUUCUCCAGCCCAGAUCAGCUUAAGCCGCUGAAGACCUAUGUUGAUCCUCACACAUACGAAGACCCGAACACAGCAGUGCUGAAGUUUGCCAGCGAGAUACAUCCCAAUCACAUCACCAAGCAGAAAGUCAUCGGAGCAGGUGAGUUUGGAGAGGUGUAUCGAGGAAUCCUCAAAGCUCCCAGCCGGAAAGAAGUGGCUGUAGCUAUUAAAACGCUAAAGCCGGGAUACACAGAGAAACAGAGGCAAGACUUCCUGAGUGAGGCCAGUAUCAUGGGACAGUUCUCACACCAGAACAUCAUCCGGCUGGAAGGGGUUGUCACUAAAUUCAAGCAUGCCAUGAUUGUGACGGAGUACAUGGAAAAUGGAGCUCUUGACAAAUACCUCAAGGACCAUGAUGGAGAGAUGUCGUCCUUCCAGCUUGUGGGUAUGUUGCGUGGCAUCGCGGCGGGCAUGAAAUAUCUCUCAGACAUGAGUUAUGUACACAGAGAUCUGGCCGCCAGGAACAUCUUGGUCAACAGUAACCUGGAGUGCAAGGUGUCUGACUUUGGUCUGUCCCGCGUCCUGGAGGAUGAUCCCGAAGGCACCUACACGACUAGCGGAGGUAAAAUUCCGAUACGCUGGACGGCUCCAGAGGCCAUUGCUUACAGGAAGUUCACAUCCGCGAGUGAUGUGUGGAGUUUCGGCAUUGUCAUGUGGGAGGUGAUGGCAUUUGGAGAGAGGCCGUAUUGGGAUAUGAGCAACCAUGAGGUAAUGAAGGCCAUUAAUGAAGCUUUCCGUCUUCCUGCGCCGAUGGACUGCCCUUCAGCCGUGUACCAGCUGAUGUUACAGUGUUGGCAGCAGGAUCGCUCCAAACGGCCCAGAUUCGGAGACAUCGUCAGCCUUCUGGACAAACUCCUGAAGAGUCCAGAUUCUCUGAAGCCUAUCGCAGACUUCGACCCUCGAGUUUCCAUUCGGCUUCCCAGCACCAGUGGCUCAGACGGCUCUCCCUUCAGGUCUGUGUCCGAGUGGCUGGAGUCCAUCAAGAUGAGCCAGUACAGUGAGAACUUCAGCAUGGCCGGUGUGGUCAGCAUGGAGCAGGUGCUGCAGAUGAAGAGCGAGGACAUCCGUAACAUUGGAGUGCGUCUGCCGGGUCACCUGAAGCGGAUUGCCUACAGCAUCCUGGGACUAAAAGACCAGACGAGCACCCUGAGUGUGUUUGCAGUGUGAAUUGUCUUUAAGCAGCACCUUUGGCUGUGGACUCAAUUAACUCUCAUCUGCCUUGGGAUUGGACUGCAGGGACAGACCUUCACCUGGCCAAAAAAUAAAUAAAUAAUGAAACACCUCCAGACUAGCCAGAAGGACUCGCACCGGCGUGGAGACGUGUAGCAUUUGACGUACUUACCAACAAAAUGGAGGACGUGUAAAACAAUCAAAAAAGCUAUUGAUGUAUGCAUCAAAACCAUGUAUAUUAGACUUAUUUUUACCAUACGCAUAUGUUUAUUUUAUUUCUUUGAAAAAAUAUAGUCGUUUCUUUUUAAUUUUUUUUAGAUUCAUAUGCAUGCUUCAUUUUAGCCAGAGAGUGAUUGAUCAAUGCUAGUUAGCGGCUACUUUUAGCUACUUUCAGAUCUUAUUCGUUUCUCUUCCAAUGGUGAACUGGCACUGUGUCUCUCUGACUGAAUUACGAGAGAAAAACAGACCCGCAGGUCUUUCUCUUCCAGGAAUAUGGAGGCGAGCGUUAAGACUUAGUGAUGUUUCGCUGAUUGUGAUGCUCUCUGGUUUCAAUCAUGCUUGAGUUGGCCGUGAUUUGAUGUCUCGCGCGAUGACAUUUUCUUUACAAUUGCACUCUCAGCGCUAUAUGCUUUGGACCAUCAAGUUUAAAAAUCUCUGGUUUUAGAUGAAACAGAGCAGCAAGGCGUUCCUUCAGUCCUGUGUUUUCUCAGCAAACAAGAAGAGCGGAGGCGCCGCCAUGAAAUAGCACUUAAAUCAGAAAUCUUAGCCGCCGUCUCAUCCCUUAUCGUCAGGAAAGGUUACAGCCACGAUGACAUUAAGGAUCGGAUGGAACAAAGAGCGAGCGAAAAUGACAAAAUGGAAACGAGUUAAGAAGAAAAACGCAGUUCUGGAAGCGAUUGUCGGAUUAAAUCAAAUAGGAAAAUGUGAUCCAGCGGCGUUCUGUAAACAAAUGCACGGUUGUGAUUUUCAGAUAUUUGCAGCAAGUGACAGUCCUCGCAGACCAAGAAUAUGAUCAAACGGACAGUUCUGUUCACUGGGAUUUGUGGAUUCUGUUAUUCAUUGUGUGUCAGGAGAUUAAAGUGGCCUGGAGCUGUGAAUCACGGAGACUAUCUUCAGCAGAUCUGCUUCAUGAUUAACUGAUCAAGAUAUGCUGGGAUAUGACCUUCCUUGAUUAUUAUGACUUGCAGGACCUCAUUAUGGUUUCAAACAGGCUCACUUGUAUGGAAAAACUGUUUUAUUGUUAAGAUUCUUUUCAUUUUGUAUUUAUAGAGGGAAGAAUCUGCUUUACACUUAGGGUGUGUUCACAUUUGGCAGGUUUGCUUUGAUUGAAACAAACAAUUGAAACAAUUUUGUGUUUAAUAGACGUCUAAUAGACAUAAAAACGUAGACAGCUUGGCUAAAACAAGGCUAAACUUGGUCUGUCAGCAGGGGCGGAUUUAACCAAUAAGCAAGGUAAGCAUCCCCUUAGGGCUGCAGUAAAUCGAGGCCACCCAAAUAAAUACCUAGAAGUAUAAAUGAUACCUAAAAAUUUAUAUAUAAUAAUUUUUUCUAUCAUAUUUUGUAUGGUGAGGGUCAAAAUUUUUUAAUUUGAUCGUAAUUAUUACAUCUGCGCAAAUGUGUCUCCCACCUUCAAUCAUGGACCGGUCCAGCAGUCAAAUCAGUAAAGAUUUCAUUUUAAAAACGAAAUAGUUCAUUUGUUAUUUUUAGUUGUGAAUUUAUUUUAAGAAAACAAAGUUUCAAAAGUUUUACAAGGUGCUUCACAUGUCAUUAUUAUUAUUUUGUAUUACGAUAAAAUGUAGAAAAGGCAAUCCAAUGAAACGUCAAAAAAAUAAAGGUGCAUUUUAUAAUGUUUGGGUCACAUGGCUGGCAUUGCUUAGGGCCCCAAAAUCACUAAAUGUGCCCCUGGCUGUCAUUCAUUCAUUCAUUUUCUUGUCGGCUUAGUUCCUUUAUUAAUCCGGGGUCGCUACAGCGGAAUGGACCGCCAACUUAUCCAGCACGUUUUUACGCAGCAGAUGCCCUUCCAGCCGCAACCCAUCUCUGGGAAACCCCUGGCUGUCAAUGAAAAUCUAAUAGCCUAAAACUAGACUAGUGGUCGAAAAGAGAGAUUAGACAAACUUUAUAUGUGUAGUCAUUCAUUUCUGUUUAUUUGAUGACUAGUCUAGUUUUGGCCUAUUCUUAGACUUCUAUUAGAUUUUCACUGACAGCCCAAUUUUAGCCUUGUUUUAGCCAAGACGACUAUGCUUAGACAUCUACUAGACACCUUUUGAAAACAAAAAAAUGCUUGCUGGGACAUCUUCCUACAGCAGAUCUGUUUAUCUGUGCAAUGGAUGAUUUCUUUAGACAUGUUAAGGAUUUUUCAAAUGCUCCCAACUGAAGAUAGUACCAGUAUGUGUACAUAAAUUAAGGACUUUUAGGGUGCUUUUACACCUACACUUUUGUUUCGGAACGUAUUUCGUUUGCCCAGUUAGCGCGGUUCGUUUGGAAUAUGUGAACAGGGCAAAGUAAUCGCGCGAGAUCGCUUGAAUGAGGUGGUCUCGGCUCGAUUGAAACGAACCCUGGAGUGGUUCGAUUGCAGUGAGAAAGCGAUCUGAUCCGAGCGUGGUUAUAUCACAGUGUUUUAU